AGUGGCAGUGACCACUGACAACAAGCACCGCAAAAACGCAAUUGAAGUCCUCUACGGAUCUGGGAAGAAGAAAUGGAGAGUAUUGGAGUGCUGAUGGCGAUUCCGAUGAACCCGUAUUUGGAACAGGAACUCGACAAGCGGUUCAAGCUCUUCCGCUUCUGGAACUUCCCGCAGAAGAAGGAAUUCCUGAGGGAGAACGCCAACGCGAUCCGCGCCGUGGUCGGAAACGCCGCCGCCGGGGCUGACGCGGAGCUGAUUGACGCGCUCCCUAAGCUGGAGAUAGUCUCUAGUUUCAGCGUCGGCUUGGAUAAGAUCGACUUGGUCAAGUGCAGGGAGAAGGGAAUUCGGGUUACCAAUACCCCCGACGUGUUGACGGAGGACGUCGCCGACUUGGCAAUCGGGUUGAUGCUGGCUGUGCUCAGAAGGAUUUGCGAGUGUGAUCGAUUUGUGAGGACAGGGUUGUGGAAGAUGGGUGACUUCAAGUUGACUACCAAGUUCAGUGGCAAAACUGUUGGAAUUAUAGGGCUUGGAAGAAUUGGUUUAGCAGUUGCCAAGAGAGCAGAGGCUUUUGAUUGUCCAAUCUGCUACCACGCCAGAUCAGAGAAACCAAACACCAACUAUAAGUACUACCCCAGUGUAGUAGAGUUGGCUUCCAAUUGUCAGAUAUUGGUUGUUGCGUGCGCAUUAACUCCCGAGACUCGCCACAUUGUCAACCGCGAAGUCAUCAAUGCACUAGGUCCAAAAGGAGUUCUCAUCAACAUUGGUAGGGGUCCCCACGUUGAUGAGCGCGAGAUGGUGUCUGCUCUUGUUGAAGGCCGCUUGGGUGGUGCUGGGCUCGACGUAUUUGAAAAUGAACCUGAAGUGCCCGAGGAGCUCUUUGGACUUGAGAACGUUGUGCUGCUGCCCCAUGUUGGAAGUGGAACAAUCGAAACGCGCAAGGCCAUGGCUGACCUUGUGAUUGGAAACUUAGAAGCUCACUUUCUUAACAAACCACUAUUAACCCCAGUGUCUGGGCAAGGCCAACCAGAUCGGACUCACAUGGAGUCUAAAUUACAGGUGAUUACAAUGAGCUGCCAACCAGUGUGCACUUGGGAGUUUGUAUUGGCAGCAGAUCAAGGAGAGGUUGGGGGAGAAGAAGACCCUUUGAAGAUGAGGAAGUUGAGAGUCUCCAAGCAAUGGAUUUGCAGUCCAGAACAUCAUAAAGAUCCAGAGCUUGAGAAGCACAAGCCAUGGCUUGAAUCUGCAUCUUCCCUGGCAUGUCUGUAUCUUCAACCAAAGCUUUUCCUUCCAACAUCUUCUCUCUUCUGGUUCUUGCUUGUUACCCAGAAAGGAAAGAAUCUCUCUUUUUCUUUUCUAGAAUUAACCAGAGAAAAACAGUACAAAAUGUUGCAUACGAAAUCGGAGUCAGAUGUAACAAGCCUAGCAGCGUCGUCACCUUCCGGCCAUGUUUACUACGUACAGAGCCCUUCCCGGGACUCUCAUGACGACGGCGAGAAGUCGACGUCGAUGCAGGCAACUCCCACCUUCACCAGCCCGGUCGAGUCCCCCUCCCACCCUUCCCUGGGCCGCCAUUCCCGGACUUCCUCCGGGACCCGCUUCUCCGGGAUAUUCCGGUCGUCGUCCGGGAGAAAAGGGAGAUCAGGGAAGCGGAUGAGUAACGAUAAGGGAUGGCCGGAAUGCAAUGUGAUUAUGGAAGAAGGAAAGUACGAUGAAUUCGAGGAUUCUUGGCUGCUUUCUCGGAGGUUUCAGGCGUUGUUGGCUCUCUGUGGAUUUGUUCUUUUGUUCACCGUUUUUUGCCUCAUCAUUUGGGGCGCCGGUCGCCCUUACAAAGCGCAGAUUACUCUCAAGAGCUUAUCAGUGAGUAACAUAUAUAUUGGUGAGGGCUCUGACUUCACGGGUGUACCCACAAGGUUGCUGUCGGUGAACGGGUCACUGAGGAUAAGCGUGUACAACCCUGCAACAUUCUACGGCAUCCAUGUCAGCUCUACACCAAUCAAUCUCGUCUUCUCCGACAUCACUGUUGCCACUGGCCAGUUGAAGAAGUAUUAUCAGCCGAGGAAGAGUCGCCGGACGGUGACGGUGAACAUACAGGGAACAAAGGUCCCGUUGUACGGGGCAGGGUCGAGUCUGACGGCGACAAAAAACAAGGACGGCACCGGAGGGGUUGAAGUUCCGUUGGCGCUGGAUUUUGAGGUGAAGUCUCAGGGGGAUGUGGUGGGGAAAUUAGUGAGGACGAAGCACCGGAGGAAGAUCUGGUGUGAGUUCAUCAUUGACUCCGCCGGCAAUAAGCCCAUCAAGUUCAAGAAACAUUCAUGUGCUUACACCUAGGCCUAGUACACUUGUCUUCCAUUAAUUCAUGAUCGAUGAUGCCUUUUUUUCCCCCAUGGAAAUGAUAUGAUGUUUUAAUUUGUGGGACAUUUUGAUAUUCAGAUUUCCAUAGAAGUUGUUUGUUAUAUAGGAUGUUUAAUCUUUGAGGUAUCAUAGGAUGUUUAAUCUUUGAGGUAUGGUUUCUUUUACGAGUUGAGAAUGGAAAUUGUUUAUCACUAUUUGAA